GCGCUCUUCGCGUGGGGGUGCGGCGAGGACGGGCAGCUCGGGCUCGACGACGCGCGGUCGACGGCGCGCGAACGAUGCGCGGCGUCGCCGCGGCGCGCGACGCCGCGCGCGCCGGCGUGCGGGUCGAGAAACUCGAUGUGCGCGACGACGACGGGGGAGCUGUACGCGUGGGGGUGGAAUUCGCACCGAGCGCUGUCGUUCGGGUGGCAGGAGUGCGACGCGCUGUUCGUGGACGCGCCGAGGCGAAGUCGACUCGAGGUGGGCGAGGGGGGGAGGCGGUUGGAGGUCGCGGCGGCGGCGAGCGGCGGAUGGCACGCGCUGUGCGUGGACGCGGACGGCGCGGUUUGGGGGUGGGGUGGGAAUGAGUACGCGCAAGCGGGGCGCGCGGACGCGGAGGCGGAGGCGCGGAGCGCGGCGAUUCCGGAUCGAGACUGGGCGCCGGCGCGGGCGUUGAUUUCGCCGGCGCGGAUGAUUCCGCUCCCGUUCGCGGUGUCCGCGGUGUCGUGCGGAGGGAUGAGCUCGUUCGCGCUCUUGCGCGACGGAAGGGUGUUCGAGUGGGGUCUGACGAGCGAAGAGGAGGAACCGCGAGAGGAACCCGCGCACUUGCCGACGCUCGAUAAACACGUCGUGGAGAUCGCGGCGGGGAGCUUUCAUUUGCUCAUGCGCACGCGUAACGGCGAGGUACUGUCGUACGGGAACGGAAUGUACGGUCAGCUCGGACUCGGGGCGUUCAGCGCCGCGGAUAAGCCUCGCGUGAUUGAGACUUUCGGCCGCGUCGGCGUGGCGAAAAUCGCGGCCGGCGGUUGGCACUCCGCCGCCGUCACCGCCGGCGGCUUACUGUACACUUGGGGACGCGGUGAGUACGGUCGACUCGGGCACGGCGACGACUGCAAGGACAAGGUCGUCCCGCAACUCGUCGACUUGGGCGAAGACGAAUCAAACUUCAUCGCCGACGUCGCCCUCGGCGGUUCGCACUCCUGCGCAAUCACGUGCGAAGGUCACGUCCUCAGUUGGGGGCGCAACACCUUAGGACGUCUCGGUCGAGUCGUUUCCGAUCCAUCCCCAUCGUGCGGCCACCCCGGUCGCGUCGUUUUCCCGCCCCUCCCCGGCGGUAGAUUUUGGCGCGUCGACAAAAUUUCCUGCGGCGGCAGGCACACCCUCGCCGUCGCC